UCCUGUGUGAUGCAUUUUCCGUGACACCAUUUAUCACUUAGGCCUAAACAUUUUAAAUUUCAUCACUGUCUACCGGAAAAAGAAAAUUACUUUUUGGGGGGCCUAAGCUGAUAUAAUCUAAAGAGAAUAUUAGGAGUUGACAAAACCUGUCCAGUGAUAAACUGUGUGCCUAGUUAUUGUCUGGCAGGAUAUCCUGUACUUUGACCGACAAACUGCAGAGAAGCUCUAGUUUGCCAUUAUAUAAACUACACUUUACAUACAGUACUUGCACUGUAUAUGAACAUUGUAUACCAGCAUUCUCUAUAUACCUGUACAUGCUGAUUCAAUGUAAAUUUGUGUGAAGAUAUUACUGAAUAAACAUAUCUAUUUAUGCAUCCAUAGCAAGAGAGGUGAUAGGAAACGUAACGAGCGUAUAAUAUAUAAAGGAAGAACGUCGAGAGAUAAACAUACUUUUCCCGGAUGCUGAUAUGCAUCAUCACCUCCACAACCAGUGUCAGGGAGACGAGAGUUGGUGGCACUACUAGAGUUGGUGGCACCACUGGGGUUCGUGGCACCACUGGGGUUCGUGGCACUACUGGAGUUGGUGGUGCUACUAGAGUUUGUGGCACUACUAGAGUUCGUGGCAUUACAAGAGUUGGUGGCACUGUUAGAGCUUACAUGUGACAUUCAGAAUCCUCCCUCCAAGAUGGCCUCUUCCACAGUACCAUCAACCAUAGUUUUGCUGCUUACCACUAUUGUCCUAGCCACCACCACCAUUGGCACUGACCUUCCCACCACCAGUACCACCUCUACUACUACCACCACCAUUAUCGCUGAGCCUCCCACCAAUACCACUGAGCCUCCCAACACCAUCAGCACCACAUCACCAGCACAUGAUCAUAUCGCCGUCAUCACCUUAGCAGUGGUGGUGGGGCUAUUGGUGGUGAUUAUCUUGUGUGGUGGGUACAGGUUCUGGCAGGAACGACGUACAGUACUCGCACACCAACACGUCCAGGACAAGUUGGUGGCAAAUAAAAAAGUUGCCGUCAGCAUGACUCACAGCAACAGUGAGGGGAACAGGAUGCGCCAGGAGCCAAGUCAGAUCAACAAUUUGAACAGUAUCACUUUCUCCUUUGAUUCACGUUCUCAGACUUGGUCACCUGAUAGUUUAUCCGGCUUCAACCGUGCGUCAAAAUCACCGCCGCCUCUCGCCCCUUCACCCUACCUGUUACACCCAGGCACUACCACUCACAACUGGUCGAGUCGCAAUUUAGGCAGAACCUUGAUCGACGAAGACCCGUACGACGAACUACCAAGCCGAGGAGCACCCAUACCUUUUGUGCCGUCAUACACGGUGAGAGAUGAGCAUCCCCCCGUCACUUCUAAUAUAACAGAUCAAACUGUCCAGGACACAAAUGAUCUGUGUGAGGAACUUUCCCUGGAACACUCACCACUAUCCUUGCCUCAGCUGGUUACCGUAACUCUACAGGAAUGUGUCGAGGAUGACCAUGGUGUCUGUCACAAGGAAAGGGACAGUCGACUCAACCCUUCCGCCUGUAAGUAUGGAGCCAAGAAUCCUGGUAACUUGCCAACCCACAAGAGACUCACUGUGACCAACGUCCUGGCGGCGGCCAUGUUGGAGAUGAAGAGUAAGAAUCUCUUCACCCAAAAGAGAGAUCUGUUGAUGGGGGAGACAGGCUUCAUUGCCAGGAAGAUGUCUGUUAAGACCAAACUCCCAGCCUCAAGGACGACAUCCUUGGACAAGGAAGCACCAGUAUCAAGGACGACAUCCUUGGACAAGGAAGCACCAGUACCAAGGACGACAUCCUUGGACAAGGAAGCACCAGUAUCAAGGACGACAUCCUUGGACAAGGAAGCACCAGUAUCAAGGACGACAUCCUUGGACAAGGAAGCACCAGUAUCAAGGACGACAUCCUUGGACAAGGAAGCACCAGUACCAAGGACGACAUCCUUGGACAAGGAAGCACCAGUACCAAGGACGACAUCCUUGGACAAGGAAGCACCAGUAUCAAGGACGACAUCCUUGGACAAGGAAGCACCAGUAUCAAGGACGACAUCCUUGGACAAGGAAGCACCAGUACCAAGGACGACAUCCUUGGACAAGGAAGCACCAGUAUCAAGGACGACAUCCUUGGACAAGGAAGCACCAGUAUCAAGGACGACAUCCUUGGACAAGGAAGCACCAGUACCAAGGACGACAUCCUUGGACAAGGAAGCACCACUAUUAGCAGAAACCUCUGAGGACAGUACUUCAGAAUCGUCAGAUUAUGAGAGCGAGGAUUCAGAAUCGUACUCAGUGAGGUCAGGGAGCAGCUCAGAUCACCUCUCUGACGACACUCAUUCAGAAUAAGGAACUAGAGUCGGUACUCUCACUACCCUUCAUUACACUACACUUCCAUUCUCGUAUCGUGAAUCAAACAUUAAAGAAACAGAACGUCAAAUACUGGGAUAACACAGUAAAGAACGCAGUUCAAGAUGAGAUUUAGAAAGAUAAAUUACCCAUUGAAAUAUCCCCCCAAUAAAAAAGAUAUGUGCAGUGUUGUUGAUUCUUAGACGACAAUAAUGAUUCCCUGUGUUGAUGUACUUACUGUAUUCUUCAUCACUCUCUAGUUUGGUGACUAUAGUGUGAGAAAUUCACCAUUUUCUGUUGACAUUAAAAGAUAAAAUUUAUUCAUACAGGCGAAAUAGAGUCAAGAGGAAGAUAUAUUUUUUUUAAAUAAGUAAUGAUUUUUGCUAUUAAUAUGAGGCGGCUUGGGUGACGAGUAGCCAAACAACACCGACAAAGUAAAAAUAGCCAGAAAACGCAAUUAAACAUUAAAAGAAAGUUGAAUUAAAUAUUAUAAUAUGUCAAACGAUUAUAUCUAAGUGCUAGUUUAGUUCUCGUCUGGCCCAAAGUGUCUCAUAAAACCCGCCAAAACACUGUUGUUGAUAUUCGUCUCAAUGGGUCUUGGCGUUUUAUUUGUGUACAUGUGGCUAUUUUUCGCCUAUUAUGUAUUAAACUCAACAUGAAGCCCACUAGUCAGGAAUAAUACUUAAAUAUACAGGAAAUACUGAUCCUUAAUUUCAGUGUAGUUUUUGAGAAGUUAGUAAUGUUGGAUUGUUUCAACUACCGCAGUACAAAAUGU